GAUGUCAACGGGCACACGGUUUAAGGCUUGCGAUGGAAACGUCUAACGAGCCAAAGGAACAGGAACAGGCGCCCAGUUCGGAUGUGACUUCUAGCGUGCAUCAAACCGUUUCUCAUCAGCCGGUGAGCGUCUCGCAAUCCUCACACGUUCUCACCGAUGUACCGGUGGACGAGAUGAUCGUCAACUCGGAGUUACACCCGGGAUCGGAGAGGAGUUCGCCCGGUCAACAGACGGCUGUGAUCAUCAACCAGCACAAACAGCGAAUGAUCACUACGACAGGACAAAUUAGGGAGAUCGCAGAAGGACAGGAACCACCGAAUGAGUCAUCGGAUUACGAUACCGUGGAGUAUCAUCAAUCGGUUCAAUCGGCAGGUGGAGUUGAGCAGCAUGGGUACAGCUACGAGUCUGGCCAUGCCACUAGUCAGGAACAGGGUGUUGUAGUGAGCUCGGCUAGUGCCGCUUCAGCCCCAAGUGUACAAAUCGUCAAGCGGGAAAUGAUCGAAAAGGAGGCAGUAAUGGCAGCACAAGCAGCAGCAGCGGCAGCGAACAACCCACCAGAAACCACCAUCAUACCCGUCCAAACGCAGACGAUCUUUGUGGAGUACAAGAACGAUGGCGAGGAACCGGUGCGAUACGUGAACCGUUACGAAGACGUCAAGUAUCAUCCACAUUCGCGCUACAUCUAUCAGCAGCCGCCCGGAGGACUGGCGCUUCCCUCGACGCUACACUCGGGGUCGGGACAUCCGCACGUGUCGCACCAUCCCCAUCAUCACCAUCAUCAUCAUGCGCACCACGGACACGGGAUGAUCCCACCGGGACAUCAAACCCAUCACCACGUACAUCCACAGUCGGCCCAGGUACAGCAGACGAUUGAAGCGGUUUCUCAACACCCCUCGAGCGUGGCAGUGGCAUCUCAGUCUGGUACAACGAUCCAGGUUCAAGCGCAACCGCAUCAUCAAACAAUUCAGGUGUACGAAACGCACGAAGGCUCUGGUCCGGUCGGUGAGGUGCAGCAGGUAGCUGAAGGAACGGUUGAUGCGAAGACACACUACACCAAUCUGGAACCGGUGCAUACGCUUGCAUCACCCCAGAACUAUUACAUCACGUCCGAUGGCUAUACGACCGGGAACUACACUACGUUUCUACCGCAGAAGGAAACCAUCUACUACCAUUCGCCAAGCCCCAAUCCGGUACUGUACAAAGGAGACCCCACACUUACGUCAUCGUCAAUCAUUACCAAGCAGAUUCACUACACACCGCCGAUCCCGAACUCGCAGAACAUGUACGAAAAUGCCAGCGGGCACAGCAGUAGUUCACCGGGAGCGCAACAGAUUUAUCCCGGCUAUUGGAAUGGUGCCGGAGUCGAUUAUAAUACUAAUUUUACCGGAACAAUCGUGAUGGACAAUGCGGGCGGCAAUGUGGGAGAGUACGCGACAAACGGGCAGCACAGUUGGCAGAUUAGCUCCCUGAACGAAGCGUACGAUACACAGCUGGCAGCACCAUCGGAGCACCGCGAGUGCGUGAACUGUGGCAGCUCCGAUACACCGCUCUGGCGACGGGAUGUCGUCGGCCAUACGCUGUGCAAUGCGUGUGCACUGUACACGAGACAGAAUCCGGGCACGAACCGUCCACCGAAUCGUUCGCAGAAAGCCAAACAAGCAGUGAAAACACCUCCAGCCCAGGGCAACCGGCGUUCGGGUGUGACGUGUGCGAACUGUCAAACCACCACCACAACGCUGUGGCGCCGAAACAAUCAGGGCGAUCCGGUGUGCAAUGCGUGCGGUUUGUACUACAAACUGCACAGCGUUAAUCGUCCGAUCACGAUGAAGAAGGAUGGAAUCCAGACGCGAAAGCGCAAACCCAAAUCUAGUCCGCAGAUACAACCUAUGAACGGUCUUAAUACAGGGAAAUUGCUACCAUCGAUGAUACCGUCCCAGUAUCACUCGAUCUCGACCGAACCAAAGCUAUUGAACAGCAGCCAAUCGCAUCUAUCGACGUCACAGCCGAUGGAGCUGCACAAUUCGCCUGGCCAGGAUCCACGGUUUGUGGACAGUUCGCCCGGUGCGCCCGGUGGCGGUAAUUCGUCGCCACAUCUCGCUCCCGUUCCUAACAAUCUGGCACGUCACAUACCAAUAUCUGUACCAUCGAUGGAUGGGAAUCGAGGUGCGAAUGGAGAGAUUACCAGUGUCAUUACCAGCACAGCUGUGGCCGAGCGUUCUGGUAAUUAGCUUAAAAUCGAUUGUAG